AUGUCCAGCGCGAAACUCGAGGAUUCCCCCCCUUGUAGGAACUGGUCAUCGGGUCCGGAGCUGAAUGAGACUCAGGAGGCUUUCUUGAACCCGUCGGACUACGACGAUGAGGAAUUCCUGCGGUACCUGUGGAGGGAGUACUUGCACCCGAAGGAGUAUGAAUGGGUCCUGAUCGCUGGCUACAUCAUCGUGUUCCUGGUCGCUCUCGUGGGCAACGUCCUGGUUUGUGUUGCAGUGUGGAAGAACCAUCAUAUGAGGACAGUCACCAACUACUUCAUCGUAAACCUCUCUCUGGCUGACGUUCUUGUGACCAUCACAUGUCUUCCAGCAACUCUAGUGGUCGAUAUUACAGAAACUUGGUUCUUUGGAGAGUCUCUCUGCAAAGUGAUUCCCUAUUUGCAGACUGUGUCCGUAUCAGUGUCUGUGCUAACACUCAGCUGUAUUGCCUUGGAUCGAUGGUAUGCAAUCUGUCACCCUUUGAUGUUUAAAAGCACUGCCAAACGGGCAAGGAACAGCAUCGUAAUUAUCUGGAUUGUAUCCUGUAUCAUAAUGAUUCCUCAGGCUAUUGUCAUGGAAUGCAGCACUGUGUUGCCAGGAUUAGCCAAUAAAACCACUCUAUUUACAGUGUGUGAUGAGCGAUGGGGUGGUGAAAUUUAUCCCAAAAUGUAUCAUAUAUGCUUUUUUCUGGUGACAUAUAUGGCACCGCUGUGUCUUAUGAUAUUGGCGUAUUUGCAAAUAUUCCGAAAACUCUGGUGCCGUCAGAUCCCCGGCACCUCAUCGGUAGUUCAGCGUAAAUGGAAGGCUCUACAGUCUUCGGGACAGGCCCGAGGCCCAGGACAACAGACCAAGUCAAGGAUUAGUGCUGUGGCAGCUGAAAUAAAACAGAUUAGAGCUAGAAGGAAAACAGCCCGGAUGCUGAUGGUCGUUCUCUUGGUGUUCGCCAUUUGCUAUCUCCCAAUUAGUAUCCUCAAUAUGUUAAAAAGAGUGUUUGGAAUGUUUACACAUAUUGAAGACAGAGAGACUGUAUAUGCCUGGUUUACAUUUUCACACUGGCUUGUUUAUGCCAACAGCGCUGCAAAUCCUAUUAUUUAUAACUUUCUCAGUGGAAAAUUUCGAGAGGAAUUUAAGGCUGCUUUUUCUUGUUGCUGCCUUGGAGUUAACCCUCGUCAGGAUGAUCGGCUCACCCGUGGACGUACAAGCACAGAGAGCAGGAAAUCCUUGACCACCCAGAUCAGCAACUUUGAGAAUGUUUCAAAACUUUCAGAACACGUGGUACUCACCAGCAUAAGCACACUCCCAGCAGCAAAUGGAACUGGACCACUUCAGAACUGGUAUCUGCAACAAGGGCCACCACCAUCACUGCUGUCAACCUGGUUGGAAGUCUGAGAGGAAAGGCUGAGGACUGGGUGACAAUGAAGUCUCUUCUUACUCAGAAACAAGUCUAAAAGAUUGGCGCCACACUGAAAUGGAGAUUGAAGAAGACUGGGUUACCAUUUUCCCUGGGAGAUCUGGAAGGCUUAAGGCCAAACUAUCUCCCUCACCUAUCACAGUUUUCACUUUGAGUGUUGCUGAA